UUAAGGGAGACAAACGGUGGCGUGUCUGACGUGUUACCAGGACAUCACACAGGUGCAGCAACCUGUUCCUGCUUUAGGAGCGAUGCAGGAACGGGGGGCGUUUCUUCCUGCUUGCGGCUCCGAUCCAAACAGGCGAGCAAAGGCAGCUCAGGUGAGUCAGCACGCAGGUUGAGGAGCUCUCGGAUGGCGCAUGGAGAGUGAAGAACCCGAACACCUGCAGGAAGAACUCUUGACCCCUUUGACCCGAAAAAACUUAAGGACCCAAAACAAGAAAGUGUGCUGUUCCUGCGCAGGAUGAAGGUGCAUCUCGUGCUCCCUCUGGCGUUGCUGACGUCUGUUAUCUUGGUGGGAUUACUGAAGAUCCGCAAAACGGACUUCGAGAAGCAAGUGAAGCGGAGCCGGUUCCUGGACAUCAAGCUGCGGGUGAGCGGCGAUGUCAUCCAGGAGUACCAGAAGGAGAAGAUCGAGAGGGAGAAGCAGCUGGAAAAGGCUCAGGGCGAGCUGAAGGCCAUGGAGGAUGAAGUGAAGGUUGUGCGGACCAAAGCAGAGAAGGCGGCUGGAGAUUUAUCCGGCUGCGAGGGUUCCCAGAAAUCUGGUGCAGAUCAGCAGGCAGCAGAGGAAACAAACUUGGGGAACCUCAAAGGCCAAACUGAGAAGGAGAAGUCAGAGUGGAAUGCAGAACUGGAUCGACUAAAAAAGCAGCUGACAGAAAAAAGUCCAGUGUGCAACUUCUUGAAAGAAUACCCAGACCAAAUAAAGACUAUGUGCGGCAUUAAAGAAGAGCCAAAACCAGAGCCUCCCAAGCAAGAGGAGAAAAAGGCAGAGCCUCCCAAACAAGAGGAGAAAAAGGCAGAGCCUCCCAAACAAGAGGAGAAAAAGGCAGAGCCUCCCAAGCAAGAGGAGAAAAAGGCAGAGCCUCCCAAGCAGGAGGAGAAAAAGGAAGAGCCUCCCAAACAAGAGGAGAAAAAGGCAGAGCCUCCCAAACAAGAGGAGAAAAAGGCAGAGCCUCCCAAGCAAGAGGAGAAAAAGGCAGAGCCUCCCAAGCAAGAGGAGAAAAAGGCAGAGCCUCCCAAGCAAGAGGAGAAAAAGGAAGAGCCUCCCAAACAAGAGGAGAAAAAGGCAGAGCCUCCCAAGCAAGAGGAGAAAAAGGAAGAGCCUCCCAAACAAGAGGAGAAAAAGGCAGAGCCUCUGAAACAAGAGGAGAAAAAGGCAGAGCCUCCCAAACAAUAGGUGAACCCUGCCAAAUAAGUGGAAUAAGUGUUCAUAAAGACAGAUGCCUUCAAAUAAAAAUGUGCACAACCAUUUUUUCCUCUACAUCUCAAGCUCAGCACAAGGACUCUACUAUUCCAGCUCUUAUUUUGGCUGGGAUACGAUGUUGCUGGUGACAUGGAGCACAUCCAAGAAAAAGGGAUACAUGUGGAUUUGGCUCAUUUGACAUUUCUGCAAACUGACCUUUAAUUUUCAAGCUGUGGCUUGAAAAUGGUCGGUACAAUAGUCCAUAGACUUAAACAGUGAAUUAAAUCAACCACAUCAACCUAAGUAAAAAUGAAAAGAUUAUUGGUGUUAUGUUCUCUCGCACCUAAAUCAUUAAGUCAAAAACAUAUUCUGUAAACUUAAAAAUUAGCUUUUGUUCUGAGAUAAAGACCAACUCGGCGACCAGUUGCUCGACAUACUAUGUCCUAAUUUGCUGCAUGUCCCGGUUUCCUACCAAGUGUCAUCUGAAUUGUGAUUGCCUCAACUCAUUAAAUAUCACAUGUAGCAGAGGUAGGUCCUCAAAUAUGACUGUUCAUUAGAAUUUUCAAGAUCCUGUUUUCGUAACUAAAUGAAAAAUUAAAGCGUGUCAUGGUGCGGGGUUUGUUUUGCACAGGUUUUAUUUUGUGAAAUUUGUUGGGUUUGUUGUAAAUGAAUCCUGAACAGCUUUAAUAUGAUAGGCUUUUUGUUUUUAUUUGUAUUUUUAAUGGGAAGUUCUGUGAUGGACUGGCGACCUGUCCAGGGUGAUGGGUCGUCCAAAGAUAGACAUCAGCUGCUCCAUGAUCCUGCAUCGACCAGCGAGUAAAGCAUGAACGGAUGUGAAGCACUUUCCCAAAAACUUCUGCUGCAUGGAUAAAAUAAACUUGGACUGCACAGCUGAAAAGAAAUUAUUUAUUAAAGGGAUUGGGAUUUUCAAGUUUAGUUUUUUUUUAUAACUGGAACAUGUUAGUAAACGCUUGGAUUUAAAGUGCCCACACCACCUUAAACUUUUUUUAUUUUUUAUUUUUUUGUCACUUAACUUAAGGAUGUAAAUGUAUUUUGUUGGGGGUUUUUUUAUGAACCAAUACAAUGUAGUUAAAAAUUGUGAAGACAGAGAAAGCUGAUGCACGGUUUUCAAGCUUUUGUCUCUUUGUUUACACUGAUACCCCUAAAUAAAGUAAAAUACAACACAA